AUGAAUGACAACCUGUUUGUCAGUUUGGACAGGCUUUUGUUAGAAUUUGUUUUUCAGUAUGAACAAGACAUAAGUACUAAAGAAGAUAUGAUUCAAAGAAUUAAUAAAUGUCUUGAAAAUAUUAAGGAAAACAAAGCAAAUGUUUCUAAGAUACGUGAAGCUAUAAAUAAAACAGAUGAGGAAAUUGCUUAUUACUAUAAACAUAGUAAAGAAAUCAAAGAAAGAUGUAAUAACUGGAAGCCAACAUGUAAUGUUUUCCAUAAACAUGAAGAUUAUAUUCAAGACCAACUUAGUGCUUACCAAGAAACCAAUGAAAAAGACAAAAAAAUGUAUCAUGGUUAUAUAUGUCAGUAUGAAGAUGUUUUGAAACAGUACCAACUGAAAUACUCAGAAACACGUUUUUCAUGUAAAUAUUAUGAGAAGAAAAAAGAACAUGAAGAAAUUCAAAAUAGAGUGUUGGCAUGUACUGAACAACUAAAGCUGAAUGAAACUAUUCUUAUGGAAUUUCUAGUGCCUGCUCCUUUCCCAUCUGUUACGGAAUGGACAUUAUACAUAGUUAAUUUGAGAUAUAAAACACAAGAUAUUCUUAAAAGUGCCAACAAUUUUACCAAAAGAUCAUUUGAGUUGGAGAAAGAAGCAGAUGAUAUGGAAAUAGAAAUUAAUUCUUUAAAUAAGCAGAUGGCAAGACUUUUUGAAAGCAAAAAAUUUUCAGAUGGUGUAGAAGAAAAGAUAAAAAAUACAGAAAAGAAAAAAGAAUUUAAAGAAAGAAUUUUUGAAAAAGAUGAGCAUGUAUUGGAUAGAACCUCUCAAAAUAGCCAGUUGUUACUGCCUUGUGAAUCUCAAAAAUUUUUAAGACUAAUAAAGAUGAAUUCUUCAGAACCAAGAGUUACAGAUAAAAAAGAAGAAAGUUCAGUCAGUGGGUCAAAGUUUGCCAGAAGUGACUUGAGACAAAAAGAAAAUGAUUCACAGAUAUUUAAUGACUCGGGUAUGGAUAGUAAUACAAAGUGUUCAAAUGUUCCAGCUGUUAAAAGUUCACAAGGUUUUACGCAAUUCAGAUUGAACCAGCCGAAUUAUAGUCAAUGGAUUGAAAAAGGACAUACAGAUGCUGAGUGUGGAGAUAAAGAACCAGUAAGACAACUAAGAGACUCAAAAUGUACUUCACAGACCAUAUACAUAGAACACUUUGGAAAGUUAGUAGAAAAUAAUAGUGUUGAAGAAGAAAGAACUGAGAGUUUUCCACAGACUCCUGAAACUCCUUUAUUUCUAAGAACUCUCGAACCUAUGAAGACACCUGAAUCCGUGGAGAAAAUGCAGUUCCCUAAAAGCCCCUUCUUUGAAAUUAACAGAACUAAAAAUAUAGUACCUGAAGGACAGAAACAAAAGGAUUCUUCUGGAUUUUCAUUUCUUAUGAAUUAUACUUCUCCAUCACCUGGACUAAAUUUAUUUGAUUCUUCUGUAUCUGACUCAGAAAUCUCAUCGGAUCAGUUUAAUGAACAUUACUCUGCAGUAAAUCUAAAUCCUCCUUCAUCACAACAAGAAAUUGGAAACUUAUUUGAGAAAUCAGAAGAAGAUGCCUUCACAUUUUCUUUUUCAUCCGAUUCUUCAAAUCACACAUUUGGAACUGGAAAAGAUGACUUUAGUUUUCAAUUUUCUUUUGAACAGGAUCAAAACACAAUGCCUUCCUCUUCCCCAAAAGAUUUUUCAUCCUCACAAAAUAAAACACAAUUUAUGUUUUUUUGA